AUGGCCGCCGGCCACACUGCCCACGCCGCCGUCCUAUGCCAGGUCCGGCCACCGCCCUAUGCCACGUCGCUCCCCCCCUCCGCGGUUGCUGCUAGUAGGAGCUCGCCGGAGCCCCUGGCCGGCUCCUCCCGCGUCCUCUGCCUCGCCGCCGGAGCCGGCAACGCCGUCGACGCGCUCCAUGCAGCGGGGGUAAGCGAAGUGACCGGGAUCGACCUCGUGGACUUCCCGCCGCUCGUUCGUCGCGCAGACCCCCAUCGCCUCCCAUUCUCUGACGGCGCCUUCGAUCUCAUCUUUUCCGACGACCCGGCGGGGAUCUCCGGCGCGCUCUUCCCGGCUCGCGUCGCCGCGGAGGCCGAGCGCGCUGUCCGCCGCGGAGGCGCCAUCGCCCUCGCCGUGGAGCUCGCCGGCCCGCCAUAGGGCCACCAGGGCUCGCUGCCCUCCAUGGGGAGCCGGCGUCCUCGCCAAGCGCAGAGGCGGCCACUGGCCCGAUGGGGUUGUCCAGCACUGGUCGACGGCGGGUGUAGAGAAGCAGCAAGGCUGAGGAGCGGCCGGGGUUGAUCUCCGGUGAUCGCCGGUGGCGGGCGGCGGGCGGCUCGCCGGCUAGAGGAGGCGACAUCGCGAGCUCCGGGCAGACCUGCGUCAAUGGCUGCCGUGAUGUGUGGCAGGGACCCGAUUGCUUUUUUACAAACUUACAGGGACCUGAUUGCUUUUUUAAAUUUGUGUGCAGCCCCACCCCUAACGGUCAAACAAUC